UUUGACGCUCGUGUUGUUGGCAAAGGGGGUGAAUGCGAUGUUGGCGAAUGCUGUAUUAAUCCAGGACACUGUCGCGAAGACCAUCAACAGCAGCGACAUACUGCUGGUCUUUGUAGCUGACCGCAUGGCUAUUUGUGUAGUUUCUGAUGGGUCUGGUUGUUGGAAAGGAAGAGUAAAAUAGCGACGAGAGCAACAAUAUUAAUUUGCGAGCCUUCACUUCUAAAGGAAUGUCGGAGAAAGGUAUGGUUGGGAGAUGUAUUGGGGUCGCUGUAUUCCCGAAGGGUUGAUGUGUGUAGUGAAGAAAAAACGAACCUGUGCUGUUGAGAACCGGGAAACAAAAGAUGGGAUGUGUUCAAGGUGUACAGCCGUGUGUAGGGAUAGAAGGAGGAGGGGAGGAGGAAAGACGCGAAGAAAAGCAAGGCAGUAUAACACUCGUUGUUUCAGAGAAAAACGAUUGUGUUCGAGGGAGAGGGUAUACAGGACUGACGAUCCAGUCGAAGGAGGAAUCCUUUUUGCGAAUCAGAUGGAAUUGGGUUCUCAAAAAGGUGAUAAGAAAGGAAGGAAGGAAGAGAGAGAAAAGGAAGAGAGAAAAAGAAGUAGCGGGAAAGAGCGAAAGAAGACGAGUGUGAGGGAGCGGAGAGGAUUUGGCGGAGGAAACUCGGUGGAUGUGCCUAGCCAGGGAAGAGGCCAAUUUAAAAAUAUAAUUUAAUUUAGUGCAUGCGUGCCUCUUUUUCUUUGUUGGAUUUGGUUUGGUCUUGAACUUUUUUA